GAGGGGUUUUCUAUAGGUCUUUUUAGACAGCAAUACAUUCAGCUCAGAAGAUCUGCAUAUUUCCAGGACCACAUACUUAUCUCUGCCUAGUCCAGGAUCAUUAACGGCAGAAGGAUUUCUCUAUAAUUCACCUUAUUGCGGCAAACAGGUGACCAACAUGUCUGUGAUUACCUAUCAGCUUGCAGACGAGAAUUUCUGGUGCUGCAUCUGCCAGGAUGUGUUCGUGGAGCCUGUCACGUUACCAUGUGGACACAAUUUCUGCAGAGCCUGCAUAGAGAAGCAUCUGGAUUUGAGCCCUCGGUGUCAGUGCCCCAUAUGCAAUGAGAGAGUGAAUAAGAAGCACAAGCUUGUUGUGAAUACCAUUAUAUCUGAGCUGACUAUUCAGUACCUGGUGUCUGCAGGACAAAAGAGGGGGAACAACUCAAAGCCGGUCAGCGUGACACCAGGAGAACCUUCCCGUGAUCCUCCUGUUGGACCUAAACACCUUCCCUCAUGGUCCUACCUGCUGUUAGCCGUUACUAUGGUGGCUCUACUUCUUUUCUUCAUGGCUCGCAGAUGCUCCAAACACCAUAAUUACCGUGAGCUCUUCAGCAAGAAUGAACAAAUUAACAUUCGUCAAAGCACCUGGGCCUCCAGUAACAGGUUCCACCAGGGGGUUCCUUCAGACGAAAAAUAUGAAGAAAAACAAGAAGAACUCUGGAAAACGUCGGCCAGGAUCCAGCACUUGAUCUGGCAGAGAUGGAUGAAGAUAAAGGAAAUCAAAGAUGUGAUGCAGCUCAGGGAAGAGGCUGCAGAGAGAGAGAUGACUGAUGGGAUCCAGAUCUUCACCUCUCUGAUUCAAACUUUGAAGAAUUCUCAGGCAUAUCUGAUCGGGAUGGUGGAAGAAAAGCAGAGAGUGAAGGAGAAGCAGAUGCGGAGUGUCAUAGCUGAGCUUGAGCAGGAGAUUUCAAAGCUGAAGAGGAGGCACGUUCAGCUGGAGCUGCUUUCACACUUUAAAGAACUUCUUGUCUUCCAGGAUGUCCAUGAUCUAAGCGCUGUUCCACCUACCAAAGACUGGACCCAGGAGAAGAUCUGUCCGAUCGUAUAUGAAGGACUGAUCAGGAAGGCCAUGGAGCGAGCCAUGGACCAGCUGUCGGAGGUCAUCAGACAAUGGGAUGAAGAAGCUGCAGGAAACUGAGGCGAAUAAGUCCCACCAGUCUGCCUUGGAUUCUGGGAGAAUCCAAGAUUCUGUUAAUAAAAAAGGUAGAAGUGACACUCAACUAGGGUUGCCAACUCCCUGAAAAAAGGGACACCUCAUGUGCGUGCCAGCUGACCCAUUUGCCUUUACCCCUCCUGGCGUGGUGAUUUUUUUCUUAUGCCCCCCCUUGUGUGUGAAAUGUUUUUUUUUUUUUACUAUUUGACUCAAAUUUGCAUUUUGUUAGAUGCAUAUUUCUGAGUGACAUGAACACAUGGAAAACAAAUUAUCCCAAAAUUCAUUUUAAUACAAAAUAACAAACUUUGCUGAAUAAAAUAAGUAUCUUAAACAUAAGCCUGUUUUGCUUUACUUUAAACUUUAAAAAUGAAUAGAAAACAGUAAAUAAAUAGUGCAAAUGUUUGGUGCAACAGCAAACUUGUAAAAAUAUUUGUGCCUUAAAUGCAAUGACUAUAAGCUACAGUUGUAAAA